CUCCGGAAGAGCUGAGCCGGGAUAACGCCGACACCGAGAGAACCGGACGCCCUCCAACUCGAGAUGGCUGACCCAUGGCAGGAAUGCAUGGAUUAUGCAGUAACCCUAGCAAGACAAGCCGGAGAGGUGGUUCGUGAAGCUCUUAAAAGUGAAAAGAAUGUUAUGUUGAAAAGUUCUCCAGUUGAUUUGGUAACUGCUACUGACCAAAAAGUUGAAAAAAUGCUUAUGUCUUCCAUAAAGGAAAAGUAUCCAUCCCACAGUUUCAUUGGUGAGGAGUCUGUGGCAGCGGGAGAAAAAUGUGUCUUAACUGACAACGCUACAUGGAUCAUUGACCCUAUUGAUGGAACAACUAACUUUGUACAUAGAUUUCCUUUUGUAGCUGUUUCGAUUGGCUUUACUGUAAAUAAAAAGAUCGAAUUUGGAGUUGUAUACAGUUGUGUGGAAGAUAAGAUGUACACUGCCAGGAAAGGAAAAGGUGCCUUUUGUAAUGGCCAAAAACUACAAGUUUCACAUCAAGAAGAUAUUACCAAAUCACUCUUGGUGACCGAGUUGGGCUCUUCCAGAACACCAGAGACCGUAAGAAUUGUGCUUUCUAAUAUGGAAAGACUUUUUUGCAUUCCUAUUCAUGGGAUCCGGGGUGUUGGAACAGCAGCUGUUAAUAUGUGCCUUGUGGCAACUGGAGGAGCAGAUGCGUACUAUGAAAUGGGAAUUCACUGUUGGGAUGUUGCAGGAGCUGGUAUUAUUGUUACUGAAGCUGGUGGAGUGCUAAUGGAUGUCACAGGUGGACCAUUUGAUUUGAUGUCACGAAGAGUAAUUGCUGCAAGUAGUAGAGCAUUAGCAGAAAGAAUAGCCAAAGAAAUCCAGGUACUACCUUUGCAACGAGACGAUGAAGAUUAAUUACAACAGCCUCAUAUUCAAUCACAGUUGCUUUGACCUGAAUUCGCUGACUUACUAAUGGAUAUCUGUUUCAGGUGUAUGAUAUGCUUGGUUUAAAUUGUCUUUGCCCAGAUAAAAAAUUGGAACUCGUUCCAUAGUUUACUAAGACUCAGUUUGCAAGAAUAGAUAUAAUGUUUGCUUAAUUAUCUUUAAAAAUUUGCGUGUAAGAAUGUACUUAGGAAAAUUACACAGGAAGUACACUGUUCAUGAGAUAUCAACUGAAAGAGUCAAUUAGCAAUCUUGAAUUUCUAAGUAUCUGUAUUCCUUGGACAUUAUGACUUACUAUGUAAAUACAUAGAGUGUCACCUAGGUUAUUACCUGUUUAGGAAAAAAAUUUCUUUUUAGUUUCAAAAGCCAUAUUUAAUUAAAUUUGUAAGGAUAUACCUAGUACUUCCUAGACUAAGGUUUCUUUCUUUUCGGAGAACCUUAAUUUUUUUAUUCUUCAAUGCCUACAUAGCACCUGACACAUUACUUGUCAAAUAGUAGGCAAUUCAAGAACAAAAAUUGUAAGAAUGAAUAUUUUGAAGGCAGCAAAUCCUAGUUACAACUGAUAAAGUAAUGAGCUCACCAUUCUGUAUUUUUGCUUCAGGAUUCGAAGUAAACGUUUUCUAGGUAUCUUUUUUAUAUUUCACAUUACCAUACCAUUUCACAUUACCAUACUACCAGAUAGUGUAGUGUUGCUUAUUGUAGUCAUUUCUGCAAUGAAUGUAUUUUCCAAAGCACUUUGUUACAGUAUAAGUUUGGAUUUCCUUUAAGUCCCUGUGUAAUAGAGAAUAAUCUUACCAGAAAGCACUCUACUCAGGUAUCUGACAUAAUUAGAAACAGUCUAACAUUUUUACUGAAUUCAGUAUUCACAUUUUGAGGAUGUUUAGACUGAUGUGGUGUGCUGGCUCAUGUACUGUGUUGUUAAUAUUGAACUGUUUAGUUUUUUCCCAAACUCGGUAUUUAUUUUCAUUGCUGCUGGAUUCUAUUCAGCCUUUAAAUACUCCUGCACAGUCUUUGGCCUAUCCAACUUAAAAAGAAAAUUUUACUGGUUCAUAGGCAUUUUUAAAGGAUUAAUUUAUUAUUUUAGUCUUGUCCCUUAGCACAUGAACAGACUACUGAGUUUUAUUAUAGGUUUGUAUGAGCCUUGUAUUUGAUAAAAUGAAGAGUGCUUCUAUAAUGUUUUCAAGGUAGGGAGUUAUUUUAUUGUUGUGUGCAUCUAAUAUAUUAAAUUAACUUAUAGAAUUUGGAUACUAUAAUUACUGUAUUUGUAUGGCUGAACACAUGCACUUAAAACAUCUGAUACUGUAUUCUAAGAACGGUUGUUUUUGCAAUUAAAUUAUUUUAAUUAAGAAAACGAUCCUGAAUAAAAUUUUAAAUAAAAAGUGUAAUUGAUAUUUACAUUAUUAAAGUUUAUAGUUUAAACUA